AUGUCUUCAAAAAGUGUUACUCGAAGUCAGCAACAGCAUAAGGUGUUUAUUGCUAGCUCAGAUGAUUCCAAGAUAUGUGUGGUCAUGGUUGGCCUUCCAGCGCGAGGCAAGAGUCUCAUAGCUGGAAAAGCCAUGCGAUAUCUGGCCUGGGUGGGCAUCCCGGCUCGUGUGUUCAACGUCGGUAGCUACCGGCGUCAUAACACUCCUCAACCACAGGCAACUUUCUUUGAUCCUCACAAUGCCGAGGGUGAGCGUAUGCGUCGGGCAGCUGCUGAGGCCGCCAUGUCUGACAUGCUGGCCUGGUUUCAAGCAGGCAAGGGUGUGGUUGCCAUCUUAGAUGCUACCAAUUCGACCAAGCAGCGCCGCGCGUGGAUUCACGAGCAAUGUGCCGCUGCCGAUAUCGAGACCCUCUUCGUCGAGUCGAUCUGUGACGAUGAAGAUCUCAUCAUGAAUAACAUUCUGGAGGUCAAGACGACUUCUCCAGAUUACAAGGGUCAGGAUCCUGAGCUGGCCGCGUUGGAUUUCCGGAAGCGUAUUGUCAACUAUGAAAAGGCGUAUGAAACGAUUGAUAAUGGCGAAAAAAGCUACACCUAUGUUAAGCUCAUCAACGUUGGAUCAACCGUUAUCAUCAACCAGAUCAAGGAUUAUUUGUCCAGUCGUUUGGUAUACUACAUUCAGAAUCUGCACAUCAAGCCAAGAUCAAUUUGGCUAUCUCGGCACGGCGAAUCGGAAUAUAAUCUCACUGGCCGCAUCGGCGGUGACUCCAACAUCUCAGAGCGCGGCGAAGCCUACGCCCGUGCUCUCCCCGAGCUACUGCGCAAGUCCGGAAUUCCCGAGAACACCAAAAUCGUCAUCUGGACCUCAACUCUCAAGCGUACUAUCCAAUCAGCCCGACACUUGAAAGCUGAAACCGGCUUCGAGAAACUAGAAUGGAAAGCGCUCGAUGAGCUGGACUCCGGCGUCUGCGAUGGCCUCACCUAUGAAGAGAUUGCCGAGCAAUACCCUGAAGACUUCGCCGCCCGUGACGAAGACAAGUACAACUACCGCUAUCGUGGUGGUGAGUCUUAUCGCGACGUCGUCAUUCGUCUGGAACCUAUCAUCAUGGAGCUGGAACGCAGUGAGAAUGUCAUUAUCGUGACGCACCAGGCUGUGCUGCGCUGUAUUUAUGCGUACUUUAUGAAUAUUCCGCAGGAGAAGAGUCCGUGGAUGGAGGUUCCGCUGCAUACAUUGAUUAAGCUUACGCCUCGUGCGUAUGGCACAGAAGAACAGCGCUUCAAGGCUGGUAUAUCGGCUGUGUCUACGUGGCGUGGGAAGGGAACUUCAGCGAAGCAUCAGGAUUACCCGGAGAAUGGACAGGAACAUAAGUAG